CUUACAAACAGCUUCCAUUUGAAUGUGUUUUUGCGCAAGUAACCACUCAACUACCGGUAUCCUCUCUUCUCGAAAGAUACAUUUUGCAAUCUAAAUUUAUUUUGGAAGGUUUACCGGAAGUCCAUGUAUUUAUCUUCCGGGUAACCAACGUGCCUCUCAACUAUGGGUGCUAUGCGCUAUGUAUGCUAGUAGCAACAGCAGCACUAAGACCAAAACCAGUUAGCCGAAAACCAGACGUCCAUCAAACUUGUUGUUUUCUAACCUUAGAUACUCCUGCUGAUGGUAAACAGACCAUGGAGGGUCCAUCCUCUCGUGCACCAGCCCCCCGGGACGGACCUCCGUGGCUGGUGGGCAGGAGAGACCGGAGCGGGGAUGCAGAGUCUGACCGGGACAUUAAAACACACUUUCGCGUCUGUCGCUUCAUCAUGGAGACAGGAGUGAAGCUGGGUAUGCGCUCGGUGCCUGUGACCACAGCGUGUGUGUUGUACCACCGUUUCUUUGAACGUGUCAGCUUGCGCGCGUAUGAACCCUACCUGGUGGCCAUGAGCUGUGUGUACCUGGCCGGCAAAGUGGAGGAGCAGCACAUCAGGACCCGUGACAUCCUCAACGUGAGCCAUAGGUAUUUCAACAGUGGCAGUGCUCCUCUAGAGUGUGACAGGGAGUUCUGGGAUUUGAGGGACAGCGUGGUGCAGUGUGAGCUCCUCAUCCUCCGACAGCUCAACUUCCACGUCUCCUUUGAACACCCUCACAAGUAUUUACUCCACUACCUGCUGUCUGUGAAGUCGCUCGUGAACCGCCACGCUUGGUCUCGAACCCCUAUCGCGGAGACUUCCUGGGCGUUGCUGAGAGACUGUUACCAUGGAGCCAUGUGCAUCCUCCACGCUCCACAACACAUUGCUAUAGCAACGCUGCACCUGGCUCUGAACAGCUACGGAGUGGAGCUGCCUGUCGGAGAGAGAGAGUGGUGGCAGGUGCUGUUUGUGGACGUGACCAAAGCAGACAUUGACGCCGUGAUCUCGGACCUUCCACUCUACGACAUGGAGGCCAAGGUCAUCUGAAGGACACACCUACAAGGCCCGCACAUGGGAGACACAUGAGAGUUGUUGUUUGUCCCUCUGUGUGUGUUACGUGUUUUGUGCGGCACGAAUAUAUAUUAUUAUAUAUAUAUAUUGAACGCCUGCACGUAUGCCAUUCGCUGCAUGCAAGUGUCGGGGUUCAGGUGCGAUUGUGUAAGAGAAAGGAACACUUUGUAUCGCUCCAGUUGGUCUGCGGGCUGUGACAAAAAA